AUGGCUCUCAAAGUUGGUGACACUAUCCCUGACGGCAUCCUCCAAUACGUCCCCUACGACCCUAACGAGUCGCUUGAAGCUUGCCCUCGUCCUUUGCAAUACAAGAUCCACGAGAAGCUCAAGGGCAAGAAGGCUGUCAUCUUUGCUAUUCCUGGUCCCUUCACUCCUGCCUGCUCUGAAAACCACGUUCCCGGUUUCUUGCGUGCUGCCGACUCGCUUCAAGCCAAGGGUGUCAAUGAGAUUGUGUGCAUGUCCUUGAUUGACGGUUUCGUUAUGAAUGCUUUCGGCAAGGUUAGCGGCAACAAGGGCAAGAUCAUUAUGGCUGGUGAUGGCAACGGUACUUUCACUAAGGCCCUCGGUCUGACCAUGGACGCCACCAAGGGUGGUCUCGGCAUUCGAUCCAAGCGUUUCGCCAUGGUGGUCGACGAUCUCAAGAUCACUUAUAUUGGUGUCGAGCCUGCACCUGGUGUCACUGUCUCUAGUGCUGAUGCCGUUUUGGCCAAGUUGUAG